AUGAAUGAUACAGACGGACACGAUGACUCGGACGUGUCCGACGACCCGAACGUGCCCGAUGACCCGGACGGACCCAACGACCCUGACGAACCGGACGGGCCCGACAACCCAAACGAGCCCGAUGACCCAAACAGGUCUGACGACCCAAACAGGCCCGACGAUCUAGAUGGGCUCGAUGACCCAGACGAGUCUGACGACCUAGACGAGUCAGACAACCCAGACGAGCCUGACAACAUGGACGGGCUUGACGACCCAAAAGAGCCUGACGACCCAGACGGACCCUUCAAAAUCAUUGGGCCCGACGACCCAGACGAGCACGACGACUCGGACGUGCCCGAUGACCCGAAAGUGCGGGACGAUGCGGAUAGGCCUGACAACCUAGACGGGCCCGAUGACCCGAAUGGGCCCGUCUAG